UCGCCCGUCGCCGAGCGCGGAGGCGUCAGUGCUGACAUGAGUGGCGUGCGCGUGUGACCGGGGGCAUGUGCGGCAGACAGACGGCGCUGUGACACGUGACGCGCCAGCGCCGCCCCUUCAGCCAUGUACCAGCCGCUGGGGCCCCCGGACCCCAUGCCCGGACCGUCCAUGGGCGAGCACUUCUACGAAGGUCAAGCGCCCCACAAUGAAACAGAACUGGGCUCCAAAAUGCUCCAGAUCCAGUCCAAACGCUUCUACAUCGACGUCAAACAGAACCGGCGGGGACGCUUUGUCAAAAUUGCUGAGCGGUUCCGGGACCACCUGUCGUCGUUCAGCGACUACUACUCCAAUCUGGGCCCGCCCUGCCCGGACAACUUCCCCGAGGAUGGCAAACUCAAGUCGGAGAUGAUGGUCAAGGACAACCGGCGCUACUACCUUGACCUCAAGGAGAACUCGCGGGGACGGUUUCUGAGGGUAUCGCAGACGAUCCCGCGCGGCGGCCCGCGCUCCCAGAUCGCCAUCCCGGCGCAGGGCAUGAUCGAGUUCCGGGACGCGCUGACCGACCUGCUGGACGAGUUCGGCACCGACGACGGCGGCUUCAAGGGAGAGCUGCCUGAGGGCAAGCACAUGCGUGUCGAAAACAAAAACUUCUACUUCGACAUAGGCCAAAACGACCGGGGAAUCUACAUGCGCAUAUCUGAGGUGAAAACCAACUUCAGAAAUUCCAUCACCAUUCCAGAGAAGUCCUGGUCGCGGUUCCGUGAUAUAUUCGGCGAGUACGUAGAAAAAAUGCAGGAGGCGGAGCGGGCGGCGCAGGAGGCGAGCCAGCCGGCCGGCGGCAGCAAAUGAGCCGGCCGGGCCGCCCGCCGGCCAGCCGUGGCGGCACGAGACGCCCAGCGGCCGGCCCACGGCCCUCGGCCGCGGCGCAGCGCGGCGCUGGUUCAAUUCGUGUCUUUCAAAAUUUCUGACGAGCGGACCGGAGGCGACGAGUGGCGACCGGGCGAGAGCGAGC